UUGUUAAAAAAAACACUAUUACAUAAAAUGGACACAGAAGACCUAACAUUAGAGGAAAAAUGCGAAAAUCUUAUGAAUGUGGUCGUCGAAUCUCGAAAAAGAUUUGGUAAAAUGUGCGUGGAGUAUGAACAGAAAAGUUCGAUAAUGGAAAACAAAAUACUCAAUUUGCAACUAGAAUCUUUAUCAAAAGCAAGGUUUAAGUCUAAACAUCCGGUUCCCGACAUAGAUGUGGAUAGUAUGAAGAAAGAAGUCGAUGAUUUCAUCAGCGACAUACAAGAAAGACAACAGAGAAUUGAAAAAUUGAACAAAAAUUUGAGAAAAACAGAGCAAAUUGUAUUACAACUUAAGGAAGAUAAAAUUGGUAGAAAACUAAGGCAACCACUAACUGCACAGGCUAGGAUAACUACUACUAAGAGUCAUAAAUCAAAAUAAAAGUUUAACCCGUUUGGUGGUUUGCAUACUCAGUGAUCAAAUAAUAUGCCUAACACUGACAAGGAUCAUAUCUUGCUGGUAUGUAUUUUUGUAUACCAUAUUAUAAUUAACUAAAGUUAUAUUUUAGUAGAUAUAAGAAAAUAUAAUAGUAUGAUGGCUUAAAGAACAAAAGAAAUUCCGAGCAUUACUCUCCAUGAUUAUUAGUUAAUUUCAGUUAAACUAACUUCCAAUAAGUGUUUAAGUGAUUUGGUGGUGAUUUUUAUAUGUUCCAAUUUAAAAAAAAUGUAAUAAAUCUUAUUGAAAAGCAUAUUUGUAUAUGUUACAUCAAACUAUGAAGUCUCAUUGAAAGUGUAGUGAGAUUUACAUUGGCCUAACAAUGUGCUGAAAUUGAAAA